UAGCAGCUCCCUUGUACAAUCUGAUUUACACAGUUAUCCAUAUCUGGACUAGAAAUCUUAAAAAAGACCGAGUAUGGAAUACUACCAUUUAGCCUUGUUCUUCACAGCUUUACCCGUAGGAAUUUUAACUCUUUAUGGCAUAUUAAAGAGAGCAAAUGGUUGGUAUUAUUCAAUCAAAUUUUGUUCAAAGAAAUAUAACAUCCCUCCUGGUGAUAUGGGCUGGCCACUUAUUGGCAACACAGUUGCUUACUUCAAAUCUUGCAUAAGUGGCGAUUCAAAUUCAUUCUUAUCAUCCUUUUUUCAUAGGUUUGGGCCAGGAGGAAUGUACAGGGGUUACAUAUUUGGGAAGCCAACCAUUAUUGUCACAAAGCCUGAAAUAACUAAGAAAAUAUUGCUGGAUGAAGAAUAUCUUGAUAGAGGUAUGCCUGAUUACAUGAAAAAAUUAAUUGGACUAACAACUUCUAUCCAAGAAGACAAGCAUUCUCGGCGAUUAACAGCUCCGGUGAAAAGCCAUGGAUUAUUAUCUGAUUAUUUUGAUUAUAUCGAUAGAAACGUGAGAACUACACUCGAGAAAUAUGCUGCUACAGAAGAACCCGUUAAGUUUCUCUCUACCAUGAAUAAACUUACAUUUGAGGUGUUUAUGAGAAUUCUUUUAGGUGGUGAGGUUAAUCGAGAAUUGUUUGAUGAAAUGUUCGAGGAGAUUACUUGCCUCAUUAGUGGUGUUCAUAACUUGCCCAUUAAUCUCCCAGGAUUUCCUUACCAUAGGGCACUUAAGGCUCGAAGAAAAUUAGCUGAGAUAUUUCGACAAAUAUUAGAAGAAAGAAGAAAACACAUGAUUGCAAAGGAUUGCAAAGAAAUGCCAAAGUCCAACAUAGUUGAUAUGUUGUUAUCAGACAUUAAUCAAGAUGAUUAUGAAGACAAAAGAUUAAGUGAUGACAAGAUCAUUGAAGUCCUAGUGUUGUUUGGAUUUGCUGGUUUUGAACCUGUUGCUCUUAUGGCUACCAAGGCAAUUAUGAACUUGGAAAAACAUCCCCAUUUCUUGGAGAAAGCCAAAGAGGAGCAAGAAGAUAUAGUUAAGAAAAGAUCAUCUUCAAAUGUUGGACUUAAUUUUGAUGAGACUAAGCAAAUGACGUAUCUAAGUAACGUAAUUAAUGAAACGCUACGUCUUGCUUCCGACCAGACAAUAUUCCUUAGAAAUACAAAUGCUUCAUAUCACAUAAAUGGGUACACCAUACCCAAAGGGUGGAAGUUUUUUGCAAUUGCAUGGACUGUUCAUAUGAAUCCUGAUAUUUAUGUUCAGCCUAAGGAAUUUAAUCCUUCAAGAUGGGAUGAUAUGGAAAUUAAGCCAGGCAACUUUCUACCCUUUUCAUUGGGCCCCAGAGCAUGCCCAGGAUCCAAUUUUGCCAAGCUUCAAAUUUCAGUAAUUCUUCAUUACUUUCUUCUUUACUACAGAAUUGAGAAGAUUAAUCCAGAGGAGAAACCUUAUCCUCCUGAAAAUUGUCUUGUGAAAUUCAAGAAGCUCUCAGCCUCUACUGAUUGUAAUUAAUCUUUCAUGUUGUAAUCUUGAAAAAUAAAUUUGUUUUGGUAGUAAUAAUCUUGAAAACAAUGAGUAUAUUGAAUCAUAUUAUCAAUUAUUGAAUUAAGUUGCAGUCUGA